AGUGUUGGCCUGAUUGAGUGCCAGUGGAGGGAUGAAGAGAACCGCGGAAGGUCACGCGUGUCCAGCAUGCGCACAUACAGCUCUGCCAGUCUCAUCUCAUCAUGACCGGGGCUCACCUCAACUAUAGCGUCUGUCCUUGAAUUGUACAGUUCUUGGAUUUGUGGACCACUAGGACUUUCACAACCUUUUAUUUCUCGUAAUAUAUAUUUUAACAACUUCUUUAUUUAGCUGUAUAAAAAGUUGAAGAGAACGGUUUUUGGUCUUUAUUUGAACUGAUUCACUACAGAAAAUGCGUAUCAUAGGUUGAAAGUCCUUAGAAGGAAAAAUAACACGAACAACAACCCGCAGAAACAACAGCACAAAUCAAGCUAAUUUAUUCAAGGAUCCGCGCUUUGACUUCAAGGAAAUCAACAUGUCCAGCAGAAGCAUCGAGUGGGAGCAUUUCGAGGAGCGCGAGAAGAGUCACCGGUCCCCGCGGGGCAGUGGCGCUUCUCAUUCCGGCUCGCGGGGUAACGGGCUCAUGCCUAGUCCCGCUCACAGUGCGCACUGUAGUUUCUACCGCACUCGCACACUGCAGUCGCUCACCUCCGAGAGGAAAGCGAAAAAAGUUCGCUUCUAUCGGAACGGUGAUAAGUACUUCAGGGGCUUGGUGUACGCGGUGUCCAGUGACCGCUUCAGAUCCUUCGAUGCGCUGCUGAUGGAGCUCACCCGCUCCCUCUCGGACAAUGUGAAUUUACCGCAAGGAGUCCGGAACAUCUAUGCUAUGGAAGGGGGGAAGAAGAUCACCAGCCUGGAUGAGUUACUAGAAGGUGAAAGCUAUGUGUGUGCUUCCAAUGAACCAUACCGUAAAGUGGACUACACUAAGAAUCUCAAUCCCAACUGGUCAGUCAACGUGAAGACGGGCACAUCCCGCUCGCUGCCAUCCCUUACCACAUCAAAGAACGAGCUGAGAGAUCGAGAGAGCAAAGACUUCAUCAAACCCAAGCUGGUGACAGUCAUCAGGAGUGGUGUCAAACCCCGUAAAGCUGUCCGGAUCCUCUUGAAUAAGAAGACGGCUCACUGCUUUGAGCAGGUGCUCACGGACAUCACUGACGCCAUUAAACUGGAUUCUGGCGCUGUGAAAAGACUCUAUACUCUGGAGGGCAAACAAAUUACAUGUUUGCAAGAUUUUUUUGGGGACGAUGACGUGUUCAUCGCGUGCGGGCCUGAGAAGUACCGUUACGCGCAGGACGAUUUUGUGUUGGAUCACAGUGGUAAGGCUUCCACAGCCUUUAUAACCGAAUGUCAGGUCCUCAAGUCCUCCUAUUCUGCUCGUUCUGUUCCCCCUGUGAGAUACUCUGGUAGUAAAAGUCCAGGAACCACCCGCCGCAGCAAAUCCCCUGGAUCUGUGAGAAGAACAGCAGUACAAUUCUCUACAAAUAGCCAAUCUCCAGUCAAAUCACCAAUAAAUGGAGUCCCGAACAGCCAAAUCACUACCCCCAAAUCCACCAAAUCCUCAAGUUCCUCCCCGACCAGCCCCCGCAGCAUGCACAACUUCAAGUUUAGUUGCAACAAGCGGAUGGGAGUCCCCCUCCGUCUCUCUGUACAGAUUCCAGCACAUCACUCCUCUGCAACCAAUGUGAACGGCUCCUUUGAGACUCACCAACAACACAACAACAGUGUGAGCCCUGAAGUUAAUGGAAACAGGAACCUUGCUGCUUCCACAAUUAUGGACAAGUACAAAAUUGGCAAAGUUAUAGGUGAUGGGAACUUCGCUGUGGUAAAGGAGUGUGUCGGACGAUCCACUGGAAAGGAGUUUGCACUGAAGAUCAUUGAUAAAAACAAAUGCAGAGGCAAAGAGCACCUGAUCGAGAGUGAGGUGGCAGUGUUGAGGCGUGUUAAGCAUCCUAAUAUCAUCAUGCUGAUUGAGGAGGUGGAUACGCCCACUGAGCUCUAUCUAGUCAUGGAACUUGUGAAGGGUGGAGAUCUGUUUGAUGCAAUCACCUCCUCAACAAAAUACACUGAAAGAGAUGCUAGUGUAAUGGUAUUCAACCUGGCGGCAGCUCUCAAAUAUCUGCACAGAAUGUGUAUCGUCCAUCGAGACAUCAAACCUGAGAAUCUGCUGGUGUGUGAGUAUCCUAAUGGUACAAAGUCCUUAAAGUUGGGUGAUUUUGGCUUGGCCACAGUGGUUGAAGGGCCACUGUACACUGUUUGUGGAACACCCACUUAUGUUGCCCCAGAAAUCAUAGCAGAGUCAGGAUACGGGCUAAAAGUGGACAUCUGGGCAGCUGGAGUAAUCACCUACAUCCUCCUAUGUGGCUUCCCACCGUUCCGCAGUGAGAAUAACCUCCAGGAGGACCUAUUUGAUCAGAUCCUGGCGGGGCGUUUAGAUUUCCCAUCACCCUUUUGGGACAAUAUCACGGAUUCUGCUAAAGAGUUGAUUGGUCACAUGCUACAGGUGAAUGUGGAGGCCAGAUACACAGCGGAGGAUGUGCUGUCUCACCCCUGGGUCACGGUAAAUGACGAUGCUGCAAUGGAAAACAAUAUGAAGAUGGAGGUGGCAGGUAAACUCAAAAAGCACUUUAACUCUGUGCAGAAACAGAGCAACACUUCCCCUGGAGUCUCUGUUAUUAUGAACACAGCUCUAGAUAAGGAAACCAUCCAGCUUUCUCGCCGGCGUCAGGACCGCAGCCCCCCUCCUCCAGGAAAGAGCCCUUCCUCCACCCACCCAGAGAGACGACGCUCCCACAGGGGACGCUCAUCUGUCCAAUUGGAGGACUCUAGGAGUGCUGCUCCCGUUGAGCCUUUAGCCUCAACAACCCCCAAUGCACCAUCAGCACCUCUGCCCUCUCCUCACUCUGCCCCACCUCCCCACUUCCCAGAAUGCAGUGCUGAGGCUGAGGCCAGCAAGGGCCUGCCAAAGGAAGAAUAAUACUAUUUAAGGGAAAUAAUAUGGAGACCAUUUCAAAUAUACAGUAAAUGCAUAAAUAUAUAGCAACUCUGCAAAUCUUUGAAACUUCAUGCUAGCAGCCAGCUAAAAGGCUGGAAUACACUACACUACUUUUGCCCCAAUUUGUACAGUCUGGACGAGUACGUUGUCCAAAGCAAGAGCCAGUCUGCAGAUUUCACAGAAAAUUGUGUUUGAUGAGCACUAUAAUUUCUUUAUUUACAGAUUCUGAUUCUACUAGUUAAGAGAAUAACAAACAUUGAUAUUUAGAACACACAUAUUGUUUAAAUUUGUGUCUCCUUGCAGUAAUGUGCAGUCUCUGAGGGUGUUUGUUGUGUUCAGAAAGACUUAAAAGCAGGGUUGCCAGGUCUGCGAAACAAAACUAAACCAGUGACUAAUCAAAAAGGGCCCAAAACUAGCUCAAUAACCCUAUCCCAAAUAUCAAAAAAUAUCCCUAAAAUACAUAUUUUACAGUCAAUGUUCUACAUUAUACACAAUUUCACAAUAAACAGUGCUUUCAUAAUAGAGCUUUAAGGUUCCCUACUAGUUCCCCCUUAUUCAGAAAACGUAACAUCUAGCUGUCUAGCUGUCAUGAAAAUUCUGUCAUCAUUUG